UUGGCACUUCGAAAAAGAAGUUGUACUCGCCGGGCGCUGUUCUGUCUGCGCAUUCUCGAGACACACCAAGUAAAAUUCGAAUUUCAGAAUUGUGCCAUUUUCUCUAAGCACACACUCGCACACUCGCAAACACAUACACCCAUAUGUGCAAAUUUAAUAAAAGUGAUGCAGUGAGAAAGCUGUAGAAGGGAAUUGAACUGCACUUUUGAUAGUCAAUACAUACGAUUUCUCGUAUAUGUAAAUCAAUCUUUACCUGUUUUCCGUAUUGUCGAAAAUAUGUAGCUGUGAAAAUAUUUAUCUGUAUACUUUAUGAUUGCAUAAACAAAAACAAUUAAGACGGAAAUGUGUAUAUACGCGUAAGGACUUGCCGAACUGCCGUUGCAAAGGAAAAUAGGAUAAUAAAACUAUUUAUUUCAGAAAAAAUGUGUUAAAUUGCAAAAGUAUACGAUCCGGGUGUCUCGAAUUUGGAAAUAAUGGAACCGAAAAGAUGGCACUUGCAUUUAUCAUGUUUUUUGCUACUCCUUAGUUCAACAUUUUCAGAUGUAGGCAAAAUCACGUCGUCUCAAAAUCACUUUGGAAAUACUAUACAAAGUCAAUUUAACACCAAAAACAACACUCGUGUUAUUGCACAGAAGGGAGGUCUUGCCAUUUUGCCCUGUGUGGUCAAAGUUAAUUCUCCAGCAACGGUUUCUUGGAUACGUAGAAAAGACUUUCAGCUUUUAACAGUGGGACUAUCCACGCACAGUAGCGACAAACGAUUUUUAGUCGAGCACACCCGUCACAUGGGCCAUUGGUCACUUAGAAUUAAAGCUGUUCGAGAAGAAGAUCGAGGAUUUUACGAAUGUCAAUUAUCUAUUUAUCCGACUCAGUCAAUUGUUAUAGAAUUAAAGAUAGUCGAAGCGGUAGCGGAAAUUUCAAGCGCACCCGAGCUUCAUAUUGAUGAGACUUCAACGUUGCGGCUUGAAUGCAAAUUGAAACGAGCGACUGAAAAUCCUGCAUUUGUAUUUUGGUAUCAUGACAGUAAAAUGAUUAAUUAUGAUUCACAAGGAGGAUUUGUUGUGACAUCGAUAGGACAAAGUAGCCUGCAGAAUUCACAGAUCUUUAGAAGCACUCCGGGAAACAAGUCGCGCGUGGUUUCGCCUCCCAACACCUCCAAUGCCAUGGAAUCUAGCAGUGGAGGAGGGGGAGUCCUCAACAACUUGCUUGGCAGCUUGGAUAGCUUCAAGGGGGCCAACAAUCCGCCAUCAUCAACGCCGUACGUGCAGCAACAUCAGUCUGCAUAUCUCCUCAAUCCCUCAGUGAGUGUUCUCACUGUGAAGCAAGUCAAUUUUCGUCAUGCCGGCAACUAUACAUGUGCUCCAUCAAAUGCCCGUCCUGCCAGCAUCACAGUGCAUGUUUUAAGAGGAGAAAAGACGGCAGCCAUGCAACACGCCAAUCGGAGUAUCCUAGAUACUGAGAAUAACGGGAACGGAACGUUUGGAUUAAUCAGUUUGGGCGGGCUCAAUGGAAGCACAAGAGCAGCAGCAUCUCCGACCGAAAGCCUUUUGUAUUUCUCUGGCAUGUUCCUGCUAAUAGCCGCGAUAGUAUUGGAUCGAUUCCCGUUAGCAGUCACAGUUACUCACAAGGUAUUCGUAGUAUCCAUUAUAGUUCUUAUGCAUAGCUGAAACUAAUAAGUCACGAUAUUCCGAAGAAUGGAGCAACUUCAAUCAUUCGAAAGUAAAAAGAAUUGAAUAUUUGUUUUAAAAUAGAAGAGAUGUGUAAAUAGAUCAUUAACAUACCAUGUAUUGAGAAUGCGAAAGCAUUGUAAGACAUUUACGUACUCUAAGAUUAUACUGUAUAUAGACUUCCAUUACAUGCAAUGUAUUGAAUUGAGAAAUAAGAUAAUUCAUCAACUUGUUACCACAACCAAACUUAUAAAAUGCGGCAGAUUUUGAACGAUUAAACGGGGUGGUACGUACGAUAAAAUGUAUGCUUAGAUGUUCAUAUUUAUUGACUGGUACUGACAUUUUAAUGUUACAAAACAAUGGAAUUAGCAUAAAAUUAACGAUAAAAACUGAAAACCAUACAGAUUUGUUACCUAAUAACUCAAAAAUUUGAUCGUCACCUUUAACUGUUAUUCUGCUCAGUGUUCGAUAUUUAGUAUAUAGAUUGAUUUAUGUAAGCACCUUUAGAAGUAUGUAUGCUAAUUCAUAUAUAUUGUAUGUACAACUGUAAAUAAAUAUUACUUUCGUGAGCGUUUUACAGAGCGCUUUAAAGUCUUACAUUUAACAAUAACGGGCAGAAGUGAUGUGCCAGUUUCGUUUUCGUUUAACCUUAAAAGAUACGGAAUACAGUUUUAAAAAUUUUGUUGCAGAAAUAAAAAAGUUUUAA